UAUUGCUUUGACGAGGAUGGUGGUCAUUGUCAAGCCUCGGCCUCCUCCUCCGCUCGCACGCCCAAUGGAUCCUGAAGCUGGAUGCUAAUGCAUUCGCUUCAUCGUCUAAUGGUGGAGAUGGAUGGAAGAACAGAUAAAAGAGAGGAGAGUGAGAAAAAUUAGAGCAUUUAAGUUAUUUUCUACACCUACAUUAACGCUAUCAUUAUUAGCGAGCUGGACGGGAGGGAGCGUGUACUCAAAGGGUGCAGUAUUGAGGUGUAGCUGCCUCUUAACUUAAGCAAAGCCCAGCCUAUGAAAAAGUCGGCAGUUUUAUGAGUCGCCGCGUGCUGUGUUCUUAUUAUUAGCCCAAUAGGAGCGAUCGCAGAAAGCGAGUUACCUCAAAAAAAAAGGGUGGGUGAGAGAUGAUGGAUCUCUCGCAGCUCCAAAGCACCCUUGCUUCCAAAUCGUACGAGAAGAUUGCAGACAUCUGCGACGAGGUCAUGCUCCAGGUUGCCUCGAGAGGAAUCGCCUUCCAAGAGGAGUGGCCUUACGCGAUCCAUCUCCUAGGGCACAUCUAUGUGAACGAUCUCAACAGCGCGAGGUUCUUGUGGAAAUCGAUACCCCAGAGGAUCAAAGAGAGCCGGCCGGAGCUCGUGGCUGCUUGGAAGAUUGGGCAAUGCCUCUGGAAUCGGGACUAUGCCGGGGUUUAUGGCGCUAUCCGUGGCUUCGGGUGGAGCCCUGAAGUGAUUGGUCUCGUCACCACCUUCUCAGAGAACUAUACAAAAAAGAUGUUUCAGCUUUUAACUUCUGCAUAUUCAACAAUUACUGUUGCUGAUGUAGCUCACUUUGUGGGAAUGAGCGAGGAUGAUGCCACAAACUUUGUUAUCCUGACUUCAGAUUUCUCAGCUCUACCUGCGAUGUGAAGUUUAAGACUGGCUUAUAAGCACCUGAAUUAUAAAGAUAAGAUGCGCUGCAGCAAGGUUGGACUUUGGAUUCAUCUUCGCAGAUGCUGACUGUUAGGAAGCCAAAGAUCACUACAGAGCAGAAGUUAGACCCUAGCAAACUCCAGCGUUUGACAGAAUUUGUUUUCCACCUGGAGCACUGAUCUCCUUUGCAUUUUAAAGAGUUUUUUCCUUCACUGCUGUUAGUCAAAUUGUGGAUAUCCAUUGGAUUUUUUGGGAGCAAUUUAAGGAAGCAUGCUCUGAUUCUGCUCAGACGAUGAGGGUUCGGUAAUGGUUGUUGCUGCCAUGUGCUACUGGGCUGCCUUACAAUGGUCAAAUUAAAAGCUUGUCUUCAUGGCUCCGUUAGAAACUA